UCCGGGCAACCUGUGUCUCGACCCUCCCUGUCUCUCUGUCUCUCUCUCUCUCCAUUGCUCGACAGUUGACAUCUCUCGAGCUAACCAUGUCGUCAUGUUACAGGCGGCUACCCGCCGCCGCCGGCUGCUCGAAGAAUCUCCCCGCGCCGUCCACCUCGAGGCGGCACGCGGCGGAGACCCUUUGGCUGCCUCACCGUCAGACGGAUCGGUGGCCGAGGAUCGCCCUGCGACGGCCGAACCGGUCCAAAUCGUGGCUCUCGGUGGCGACGGCCGCGCCGGGGGAGGGACCGUGCGGCGACGGCGACGGGAGGAUCGGGAAGGAGAGGACGAGGGCGGCGGGGCCGUGCCGCUACGCGGUGGGGGACAGCGAGGGGAGCGGGAGCGGCGGGGUGGAUCGGGCGGUUGGGGUGGGGAGCUGGUGGAGGUUGGGGGUGGGGAGGAGGGAGGCGGAGGUGGCGGCGGCGGCGGCGGCGACGGUGGUGCUGGGGGUUGGGAACCGCGUGCUGUACAAGCUGGCCCUGGUGCCUCUCAAGCAUUACCCCUUCUUCCUCGCGCAGCUUGCGACCGUGGGGUAUAUAGUCGUAUACUUCUCUAUCUUGUAUCUGCGGUACCAUGCUGGCAUCGUCACGGAUGAGAUGCUUUCAAUGCCGAAAGCUCCUUUUGUUGCAGUUGGCAUCUUGGAGGCUCUGGCUGCUGCUACCGGAAUGGCAGCUGGAGCAAUUCUUUCUGGAGCAUCAAUUCCGAUUUUGUCUCAGACAUUUCUGGUGUGGCAAAUUCUCCUGUCCAUUAUUUUUCUUGGGAGGAGAUACAAAGCCAAUCAGUUAUUUGGAUGCUUCCUUGUAGCUGCUGGUGUGAUCAUUACGGUAGCGAGUGGAUCUAGUCCUGGUCAUUCGCUGAAGGAAGCUGGUAUAUUUUGGAGUCUUUUAAUGGUAGCUUCUUUUCUGUUUCAAGCUGCCGAUACCAUAUUAAAGGAAAUAAUUUUCUUGGAUGCUGCUAGGAAUUUAAAGGGAGGGUCUGUGGAUCUGUUUGUUGUAAAUUCUUACGGAUCUGCUUUCCAGGCCUCGUUCAUAUGCCUCCUCCUCCCUUUCUUGUCAAAACUAUGGGGUGUUCCUUUUAGUCAGCUGCCAAAUUAUCUUCGAGAUGGCACAGCCUGUUUUUUGAACAUUGGCCAAAUAUCAAGUGGAUGUGCUGGAGCUCCACUGCUACCUUUACUCUUUGUUGUGGUAAACAUGGGGUAUAACAUAUCGUUGCUGCAUCUCCUGAAGAUCUCGUCUGCGUUGGUAUCUUCGCUUGCCUCGACAUUCUCAGUGCCCAUAUCCGUGUAUGUCUUCACAUUGCCAUUACCAUACCUCGGGGUCGCGUCCUCACUCCCACCUGGUUUUGUUGCCGGAGCCAUCAUCCUCGUAUCGGGCUUACUCGUUUACACAUGGACACCAUCAACGACGCCUCCGGGUCCUUGACUAAUCCUAGCCAUACCUUGACAAAUAUGCAGCCGGCUAUCUUCAUCGGCAGUGUGGGUGCUAUCAAGAGUGGUUGAUUUCGCUGACCAACUGCAGCAAAUAACAGAGAUGAAUAUUCGCUGGUUGCCGUGCUGAGCACAACUGUUUCAUAACUCAUUUCCAUGUUCUAGGUAGACAGGAAAGAAGAGCCGUUCGCGUGCAUCCGAGUCACUGUUGGAUUGGACUUCACCUCGAAGUCUGCUUCAGCGGAUUCUAGAGGCGCGGGUUCGUUUGCGCCCUUUUUCCGGGCGAGGCUUAGAGUCUGAUUGUACAUUGUGCUGAGUCCAUGUUGUUUGGACCGCUGAAAUGGGUUUUAUCAGCUUACAUUGUGAAACAUUGGACAUCAAGGUCGUCAGUAAGGAAAACGACAUGCUAACUAGUUCGGCCUCCCAUUCGGCUCGAAUCCAAUCACCAUACGUGCGU